AGAUCAGUAAAGAAGAAUAUUAAGAAAACUCUCCUACACCCUAAUCUCCCAAUCUUCUCAGUUCUAGAUCUCAAUCCCUCUAAAGGCCUAGACCGAUUCUCUAUCUUUCUCUUCUCAAAUCCCUAAUUCUGUUCUUACUCCCUAAAUCUCAAUUCCCGAUAGAACCCUAAUCCCAGGUUCUAUCAUUUGGUAUCAGAGUAAUGGUCACGAAUUUGAGUUCAUCACAAUUCUCACCAGGGAAUUGUUAUCAGAACUUCUAUCAAGGGAUUGAAGCCCUUGAAGCCAGCCUAGCAAAAUAUGAAGCUAACAGGAAAGCUCAUUACAACAAUACGAUGGCAGGCCUAGAAGAAAUUCUAGCCAAACUCGAGAAAAUCGCGGCACGCCGCCGCGCGACCAACAUCUGUGCAGAAUCGGCAUCGGCGGAUCCGACAAAGGUGACUGCAAAUGACGGCUCCGCAGUCACGGAGGAGGUUGCGAACGGCAAUGGUGAGAGACGAGCAGAGCAGCCGAGUGUGGAAGAGGUUUUGGCAACCGAGCCACCAGCCAGAGAAGAGCCUCCAAUCGCCACCGGCAAAAAGCAGCAGCCUCCGCCAACAAGAGUUUCAAAGACUGCAAUAACAUCGGUCGAGAAGGAAGAAUCAUGCAAGAGAAAGGCUGAAUCAGAGCUGGUGAUGGAGAAGAAAAUACAUAUAAGAGCUAGAGAGCCCGAAACCUCAAUUAGUGAGGCGAUGGUAAAGGGAGACCAGGUCAAUCGGAAGUCACGGAGGCAGAGGAGUUCGGGAGCAGCCUCUGUGACUGUUCCUCUUCCGCCGAACUGGAGAUUCAGUAAGAACAAGCCGGUGACGACUGUGGAGGAAGAUCGGCUUCGGACGGGGAUGCGAGCCCGGAUCAACGACGAGUUGUCAGGGUCUGUUGGCAGGCGCACAAUUCACGGGAGAGCUGCAGACGACGACCCACGAGGAGACCCCGCUGAACACGCCUGUCUCGGCUCCGGGAUCACAUUUACCACUCCAUCGGGUGUGGGGUUCGUCGCCAUGGAAGGAGGUGAAGAAGACGUUGCAGAAGAAAGAGAGAGGGAAGCAUCGUCGGGGAUCCUCGAUGGCGUCUCGAUCAUGGGGUGCUCCACGUGGGGAGUCGUUGGGCAGAUUGGCGACGAGAGGAGGCUGUACUGGCCGCCGCGGAAGGAACUGUUGGAGGCGAAGGCAAAGAAUAGGGCUAUGAAGGCGCCGCCGAUUCAGAGGAAACGAGGAAGAAGGUGGUGGCGGCGGUCGACGAGGAGGAGGAGACGACGGAAGCACGCUGGGCGUCCCGCCGGGUUGUGUCACCGGUGAACAAAGAGAAGAAGGAGGUCGGUGUCGGUGAGCUGUUACUCGCGAAGCUAGGCGGAGGAGGAACGAAAUCAAGGGCGGAGCUGGUGAGGGACUUGCCACCGAAGAUGGAUGCGGAGACAGAAGACGGACGGGCCGAUGUUGGGUGUCGAGACGCGGGACGACGGCGGUUGCGGCAUUCCUCUUGCAACCCUAGGUCGCACCCGCCAACGUCCUGAGAACGUGGCCCAAGGGAUUCAGUCUAUGAGAUGGGAUGGGCCAUCCAAAGUGGGCCAAGAUAUACAGUUCACUUGUGAUUUUGGGCCAGGAGGAAUGAGUUGGGUAGAGGGCCUUGAUGGACCGCAAAGUGUGGGUUGGUUGGUGGAGGAAGGAAGAACAAGUCUUGGUCAUGGGCUGGGAAGGAAAGAAGAGGGACAUGGGCUAAAAUCAUGCCUAAUGGCUUGGGCGAGCAGGGAUUGGGCCAAGUCCGGGUCAAGUUUUGGGCCCAAAUUGGGCUGUCUGAUGAGUUUUUUGUUGUACGGUUUUGGGCCGAAACUAGAAGAAAGUGGGCUGCGUCUACAGAGAGAAAUGGAGCCCAACAUGGCUUGUGUUUUAAAGAAGGUGGGCUGGGAGGAAAAUGAGUUUAAUGAACUGGUAGAGGGGCUUUCAAGAGAGCAUGGGCCAAAUGCAAUUGGAGACACUAAUGGGCUAGCUCCAAGAAAUAUUUUUAAGAGCCUAAAUGAGUUGGUGCUUAAGGAUGCGUUCUUGUACAAGAAAGCAUCUUUGGAGUCCUUAAAUUAUUGGAUAGUGAAGCCAACGAAAGAGGAGCUAUUGAAGUUUGAGUUUGUCAAGAAAUCAAAGGGUGGGCCCAUGGAAAUGAAAUUGGAAGAGAUGGACCAACACGGGGAGACCAGCGCAAGAAGUCUAAGUGAAGAGUUAGAGCAUGAUUGGAAGAAAAGAAAGCGUGGAUUGCGCGGGCGAUGUGAAGAAAUGGGGCGAGUCGGUCAACCUUGAGGGCAAGGUUGGUCUAAGGGGGCGGGGAUGAUGGAAACUCAAUUCUUGGGAUUUAUCAUAAUAAUUAUUAUUACUAUAAUUAGGAUAUUAUUAGAUAUGGUAGUAGUCAUUGAAGAAUAUUCUAAGCCAGAGUCAGGACAACAAGUGAACUUAGUGAAAUCAGAACUCUCUUUCAGCCAAAAUAUCAAGAAUGAGACUCGAGCAUAUCUAGCUGCUAUCCUGGGGAUGAAGGUAGUUGAAUCUCACGAGAGAUACCUUGGUCUACCUACUAGAGUUGGUCGUGAAAAGAAAGCUGUCUUUGGCUAUUUAGUUGAUAGAGUUCGCCAGAAGGUGAAGUACUGGAAAAGAAAACUACUAUCUGUAGGAGGGAAGGAGACUCUCAUAAAGUCUGUACAAGUUUAAAUGACUUAUGCUAUGUCACUGUUCCAGGUUCCAGUGGGGAUUUUACAAAAAAUUCAAAGGCUAAUUGCAAACUUUUGGUGGGGGCAGCAAGAGGAGGAAAGUAGAACCCACUGCUUCGUUGGGGAGAGCUUUGCAAACCAAAAAAGGUUGUAGGUUAGGGUUUCCGAGAUCUACAGGGGUUUAACAAAGCUCUCCUAGGAAAGCAAAUAUGGAGUCUAAUAUUGAAACCAAACUCUAUAGCUUCUAGAGUGCUAAAAUCAAAGUACUACCCUAAU